CCCAGAGAAGACAUGAUCUCUUCCUUUGAGCAAACGGAAGGCCCAUGGAUGCUGGAGCAAGAAAGCCUGAGGAGCUGCUGUCCAGAUGGAGAGAUGAGCAUGGAAAUGAAGGAAGCUGCUACAGAGCUAAGCCUUUCUGUGGCAGAAACUCCCAAGCAAAGAUUCAUGAGUGAUGGUCUCUUUGCCUUCAAUUGGAGAGAAGUCUGCAAAAUGCCUGGGAGUAUCCAAACUGGAGAGAAACUAUAUGACUGUAAUCAAUGUGGACAGACUUUUACAUGUAAGAACAGUCUUGUUAUGCAUAGAAGAGUCCUCCAUGGAGAAAAACUUUAUGAACAUAAUCAAUGUGAGAAGGCUUUUAGAGAGAAGGGAUGUCUUAUUGCACCUCAGAGAACACACACUGUAGAGAAACCUUAUGAAUGUAAUCAAUGUGGAAAGGCUUAUGCACGGAAAAUUGGUCUUGUUAACCAUGAAAGAAUCCACACUGGAGAGAAACCUUAUGAAUGUAAUCAAUGUGAGAAGGCUUUUAGAGAGAAGGGAUGUCUUAUUGCACAUCAGAGAACACACACGGCAGAGAAACCUUAUGAAUGUAAUCAAUGUGGAAAGACUUUUAGAGAAAAGGGCAGUCUUGUUAUACAUAGUAGAAUCCACACUGGAGAAAAACCUUAUGAAUGUAAUCAAUGUGAAAAGACUUUUAGAGUGAAGGCUUCUCUUAUGACACAUCAGAGAACACACACUGGAGAGAAACCUUAUGAAUGUAAUCAAUGUGGAAAGACUUUUAAUGAUAAGCGGAAUCUGGGUAGACAUAGAAGAAUCCACACUGGAGAGAAACCUUAUGAAUGUAAGCAAUGUGGAAAGACUUUUAUAUGCAAAUAUGGUCUUGUUAUACAUGAAAGAAUCCACACUGGAGAGAAACCUUAUGAAUGUAAGCAAUGUGAAAAGGCUUUUGCACAGAAAGUCAGUCUUGCUGUUGGUGAACAUCGGAAGAUUCACACUGGAGAGAAACCUCAUGAAUGUAAGCAAUGUGAAAAGGCUUUUGCACAGAAAGUCAGUCUUGUUAUACAUGAAAGAAUCCACACUGGAGAGAAACCUUAUGAAUGUAAUCAAUGUGGAAAGGCUUUUACUGGUAUGCAGAGUCUUGUUAAACAUAGAAGAAUCCACACUGGAGAGAAACCUUAUGAAUGUAAUCAAUGUGGAAAGACUUUUACAUGGAAAAUUAGUCUUGUUAUGCAUAGUAGAAUCCACACUGGAGAGAACCCUUAUGAAUGUAAUCAAUGUGGAAAGGCUUUCAGACAUAAGAAGUCUCUUGGUGAACAUCAGAAGAUGCACACUGGAGAGAAACCUUAUGAAUGUAAGCAAUGUGGAAAAACUUUUAUAUGCAAAUAUGGUCUUGUUAUGCAUGAAAGAAUCCACACUGGAGAGAAACCUUAUGAAUGUAAGCAAUGUGAAAAGGCUUUUGCACAGAAAGUUAGUCUUGUUAUACAUGAAAGAAUCCACACUGGAGAGAAACCUUAUGAAUGUAAUCAAUGUGGAAAGACUUUUACUAAUAAAUGGAGUCUUGUUAAACAUAGAAGAAUCCACGCUGGAGGGAAACCUUAUGACUGUAAUCAAUGUGGAAAAGCUUUUCAACAUAGGAAGUCUCUUGGUGAACAUCAGAGAACACACACUGGAGAGAAACCUUAUGAAUGUAAUCAAUGUGGAAAGACUUUUACUGAUAAGCGGAGUCUUGUUAAACAUAGAGGAAUCCACACUGGAAAGAAACCUUAUGAAUGUAAUCCAUGUGGAAAGACUUUUACAUGGAAAAUUAGUCUAGUUAUGCAUAGUAGAAUCCACACUGGAGAGAACCGUUAUGAAUGUAAUCAAUGUGGAAAGACUUUUACAUGGAAAAUUAUUCUUGUUAAACGUAGAAGAAUCCACACUGGAGAGAAACCUUAUGAAUGUAAUCAAUGUGGAAAAGCUUUUCAAUGCAGGGACAGUCUUAUUACACAUCAGAGAAUCCACACUGGAGAGAAACCUUAUGAAUGUAAUCCAUGAGGAAAGAGUUUUACAUGGAAAUGUGACUAGGUAAACAUGAAAGAAUUCACACUGGAGAGAAACCGUAAGAAUGUAGUCAAUGCAGAAAGACUUUUACA